AUGGCCACGCCAGGUGGCCUCGCCCUGUGCUUCCUGAGCUGCCACCUGGUGUGGAGUCAGGAGAGUCCUCUAUCUCCCUCCAGGAAGAUGCUCACCAGGCCUAGAACACCAGGAGUCGGCAGAGGGCCACCCUCAUCCAGCUACAGUGAAGAAAUCACCUCCUGCAGUAACCGCUGCACAUGGCACCACGGCUGGCCUGCCGUGAAUCCGCCCCUGCAGGUCGUAUGGGGAGCCCAGGCUGAGGCACUGGGCACCAACGUGAGACGCCAGGGGUCCCUGUGCCUGCUGGUAGCCUCAGGCCUGUACUGCAAACCUUCACCUCGGCAGUCUAAUGGGUGUUGUGCGAGUCUUACAAACCCAAGCACAUGGCGACGAACCACACAUCGCAAUACUAGCGGGGUGGGGCAGCACGCACCUGCUGACAGGUGGCCUCACUCAUCCUUCUCCUGUGGAAGGCGCAGGAGCCAGGCUGGGAAAGACCCUGAGGCUGGACCUGGUCGGAUCUGCGUCCCUGCAGGAACCCACUGUCGCUGCCCCUGCCCAACGCCCGCCCGCCCGCCCACGGUGGCAGCAACAGGUGAUGGGCCCGUGCAGGUGGGAAACCGAUUUUCCUCUCAGCUGCUCGCCCUCCGGAGGCAGCUGGCCCAAAAGAGGGGCAUCGGGCGUCCUCCUCCACACAGCCUUAGAGGGGGAGGUCGGCACCAGCAUCUUUCCCACGCUCCUGGCAGAUGCGCCCACGACUUCUACCCGGGAUGCCCGAGCAUCCGUCGGGCCAGCGCCAGUCGCGCGCGCCAGAAGCGUUUACUCGUGGCGAUCCCCGGCGCGGAAGCCCGACUACGAAGCUGCGGCAUCGCAGGCGCCGCCUCAGGCCCCCACCCGCUUCCCCCCGGGUUUGCGGACGGAGCUGGCGCCUCUGAAGGCGGAGGCGAGGGCCCCGCUCCUUCACCGCUCUUGCCCCUCCGCGGGAGCCGCCGGCCUUCACGUGGGAGGUCACGUGGGAGGUCACGUGGGUGGCCUGUCAAGUGCCCGGAGACGCCUUCGCGCGCAGCCCCGGCCCUCACGGGGGCGCGCAGUCCGAGCAUGCGCAGCAGGAGGCGCGAGCUGUCCAUAGCGCGGCGGGGCGGGAGACCUCCCUCCCACCCCGAUCCCGCCGGCCUCCCUCCCACCCCGAUCCCGCCGGCCUCCCUCACACCCCGAUCCCCGCCGGCCUCCCUCCCACCCCGAUCCCGCCCCUCACACCCCGAUCCCGCCCCUCACACCCCGAUCCCGCCGGCCUCCCUCACACCCCGAUCCCGCCCCUCACACCCCGAUCCCGCCCCUCACACCCCGAUCCCGCCGGCCUCCCUCACACCCCGAUCCCGCCCCUCACACCCCGAUCCCGCCCCUCACACCCCGGCCCCGCCGGCCUCCCUCACACUCGGAUCCCGCCGGCCUCCCUCCCACCCCGGCCCCAGCCGCCCUCCCUUGGCGCUCGGGACGCUGGGGCCGGGUCCGAGCACGCGAGGGCUGAGCAGCCCGCGCCUCUCCUUAGGAAACCCAGUGAGACGCUGGGUAUUCGAAUGUGGUUGCCGGGGAACGGGCGGUGCCCACACCCCCCGCGCUCGGAGAACUCCCCAGUCCCGCCUGAAACGAACGCGUGCCCUAAAGUGCGGGCUGCAGGCUCUGCCGCUUGACGCGGCAAUGAUUGAAGGUGUAAUGAGACAUCGUGGUACUGAAAUCAACAAAUUCGUGGGUGUGUCUGCGGCCAGCCCAGUGUGUGUCCUGCUGACUGGACCAGCUGUGGUUUUCCUGUCUGUGACCUUCAGCUUCCUUCUGCGUCUUUGCUUUCUGUUUGGUGUGUUCUCUCAUAAUGUCUGUAUCGUCAUUUUCAUUCUCCAUAUUUUUUUAGUUACGAUGAUUCUUUUCCUUCAUGGUUUUGACCAUUAGUGUUUUUAAUUUCUGUUGUGAUACAGUACUUUGUCUUGAGCUCCACAAUUGUGAAAUAAAACAACAAUACACUGGC